AGAAAAAUCGUCCCGACAAGACCGACGACGGAAAAGUGUGAAAAUAAAGGUUUCGGAAAGUGUUGUGAGAAUUCUUCGCGCAGUGUUUCCGCGAACGGGAUUUAGACAGAAAUCAGUCGCCCCCCUCGCGAUUCGGUGAAGUGUGGAAAAGUGUGUAGAGUGCGCGGUACAGUUUGGAGUUUUUCCACCUCCGAAACGACGGCAUGAUGAAUUUCGCACUCAGCAGCCAGUUCUACAUCGAAGCUCUAGAACGUGCGAUACACGAGCAGGUUCCGCAGCACUUUCAAACGCUCGCGGAGGAAAAUCAGCUCAAUCCGUUCGAUCUCAUACCGCUGGACAUGAUGGGUGCGAUCGUGGCCCCAGCAUCAGAUGAUGGGCUCGCUCCGAUCGUCGUUGACGGUGGGCAGCAGCCAGAAGGAGCGGCGGAAUGCCAGCAACAGCAGCAGCAGCAGCACCAGCAGCAUCAGUCCGACGAGCAGCACAGUAGUAGUGGCAGCGAAGGCAACUCAUUCUGCGACAUCAAUGAUAAUAGUAUUCUGGUUGAGUUUGAAAAGAUUGACGAUGAGCUGGAUGAGGACGGAGGAUGUAAUAAAGAAAACAAUACUCUAUACGAAGACGGAGAGCCAUCGCAUGCCACUAUCACGAUCGAGGGUCCGGACAAUCAAAUACUGGCCCGAUAUCGGUGUAACUAUGGGAGCUGCAAUCGAAGCUACAGCACGGUAGGCAACCUAAGGACACACAUGAAAACACACAGAGGUGAAUACAAGUUUAAGUGCACCGAGGAGGGCUGCACCAAAGCCUUCCUGACGUCCUACAGCCAGAAGAUCCACAUCCGCGUCCACACGAAGGUGAAACCGUACAUCUGCGGCGAGAGCAGCUGCCGGAAAGCUUUCAACACCCGGUACCGGUUGCGGGCGCACGAGCGGCUGCACAACGGCGAAACGUUCAACUGUGCCGUCUGCCAGAAGGUAUUCACCACGCUGAGCGAUCUGAAGAAACAUUCGCGUGUUCACACUCAAGAGCGACCGUACAAAUGUAAGGAGGAUAAAUGUGGCAAAGCAUUUACCGCAUCGCAUCAUCUGAAGACGCACAUCCGGACGCAUUCGGGCGAGCGACCGUUUGCCUGCAAAAUCAACGACUGUAACAAAACGUUCAGCACACCGCACAGCUUGAAAACACACUCGAAAACUCACGAGAAACCGAGGAAGAAAUCCUCCAAAUCUGGUAAGGUGAAGAAAGUUCGCUCAUCGCCGACGAGCGAACAGGAGACAGACUUUGACAUUGUGCUUAUUGAGGAUGAAAAUGAUGCAACUGGUGGACAAGCGAUCGAUGAAGGGACUGAUCUUCAUGAGUUGUACGAUCAAGGCGCGACGGAACAACAGACUGAUGUGCUUCCGGUCGCUCCCACCGCGCCUGAUGUCCCCCCGGAGGAAGGCUUUAACUUCGUCACGACGAACGAUUUCCACGAAUCGAAAGCACUGGAACUGGCACUGGCCGCGGAGGAAGAGCUAAACCCCCAGUGGAUCGACAUUUCGAUGCUGCAAACAAAACCACUAGCCGCGCUCGAUCCUGUAACGUCCGCCUGUGUGGCACUACCGACAAAUGUACCGUCGUACGUGGACCUAUCAUUUAACGUCAACGUGGCCGACUAUCUUCCCUCAACGGAAGCAUCGAACGUCGUUACAUCAACCGGCGGUCCCGUGCUUGCAGGUGAUCUUUCCACCGAAGGUCCUUCGCAGGUAUUUACGAUUGAAAACUAUUUCGAUGAAAAUCUGCUGGAAAGUGCAAACGCCACCGUACAGAUCGAUCGUGCGAUACAGAACAGUGAGCAGCGGGCGGGCGGUGUCAAACAGGAAGAGCAAGAAGAGACGGAAAAGCUGAUCAACGAACUGUUUGCCGGAGAGUUCCUGCCGAAGAUGAAUUCGUCUUCCGAUGCGAUAGAACCGGAUGCUGGUGAACGUUGUGAUGAUGCUGCUGAUGGUAGCAGCGAGCUUUUGAACGAACGGAACAACAACAUGUUGCUAAACACGCCGGUUGCGGUAUUGGAUGGAUCGACGAAAACGCUGAAGGACAUAACGGCCGAUGCCGAUAUUUGUCGCUGCGUCAACUGUCAGUGUGACCCGAUGCAGGGCUGCAUCGGAGGCUGUGGUCCCGAGAAUCCUUGUCGGGCGACAGCGGCAGCAACUUCCGGAUGUAACACGUCUUCCUCGCUGCUGCAAAACAUGUCACAAUCUCACGACCGACAGCAUCCAGCACUGCUGCCGAUUGCAGCCAUCCCUACAGAAUCGACCGUUUCUGAUAAUGUAAGCUUACUUGGAUUGCAAUCGCAACAGCAGCAGCAGCAAAUCCAACCUAUAAAACCACCACCAUUGCAAUCGUCUUGCUGUAAAGCAUCGGCAACAAGCGAUGAUGGCAGUUCGGUUGGUGGUAUCGGUUCGAAGCUGACCGAUCAACUGGAACCCCUCACCAACAUGCUGAAAAGCUUACAAAACUGUUCCUGUGCCGGUCCGCGGGAUGGACACUCCAAGGGUUGCUGUGUGGUUAUCUGCCUGAAAACGCUGGAAGCGCUCAAAAAGGUACUGAGCACACACUCCAGCUUGAUACAGUGCCACAACAGCAGUGCCAAUGCCAUUAUGAACUGAGUGAGAGGUGCUUGUGAAACGAUUCACUUUCGAUGCAACAUCAACAGCAAAAACAAACGCAGUACAAAACCAUCUAAUCGCGAAUUAACAGUCCAAUCGUGUGUGUGUGUGAGUGUGUUGUUAGUGAUAAAAAGUAAGAGCAAACAGGAGAAAGGAGAGAAUACCCUGUCCUCAAAGGACGGAUAGCUGAAAAAGGGACAGAUCUAUGUGUUGUUAUAGGAGAGAACAUAUUGUCGCGUGUGUCUUUUUUACUAUUUUAAACGCGUUAUCAUAUGCUUAGAUUGCGACACGAUGGAUGGAGACAGAAAAAAACGUUUCGCUUUUGGGAGAAGUGUGUUGAAAAUGCUCACGGCUUGUUAAUGGGCCGCUACUUUGUUGCUAUUGCUAGCUUCUAUCCCAACGAUUUUCCUACACCUUCUUCACGCGGAACUAAUUAUCUUUACCUUCUAUAUCGCUACGUAACGUAACUUUAAUCAUUCUAGUUUCCAAACGUACUGUAACGGUACCGUAAUUUACGUAAUAAUGCUUUCUCCAAACAAGCAAGCAACGAACGCCUGAUAGAUUUCGCAUUUGAUUAAUCGACUGUGGAUGCAAUCUGAGAAAAAGGGGAAGUUACUGUUACGGUUUGUUUAUCUGUUCCUAUCUGUUAAACGCUACGUUAGUAUUUUAGACUUACUGCUGUCCUAUUCCUUGUGGAUUUCUGCUGACGUACCUAUUCUGUAACUAUUUCUAUCCACUACUGCACUACCUUGCUAUUGCAUUCUUUUUAUUAGUGCCAAAUAUGAACGCGAAACAAAAUACCAAAAACAAGAUAAGUGCAAUCAAUUGUUUGCAGGAACGAGUAUAGGAAGUUAAGGGCAAGAUUAGUCACUAGUUUGUUGAGUUUGAUUAAAUUUAUAUUGAUCUUUUUAUCUUUAUUUCGACAAGCAGGUAGAUGUUUGUAUUGUAUUGUUCGCUAAGCUUAUUGACUUUAUUGUGUUAGUACAGAUGUUUUUUUUUUUCUCUUCUUUAUUGUGAGUACAUAUCGCAGGACGAAGAAUGUGGUGUGAUGUAAGGGGAAGGCCGAUAUUUAAUUGUAAUUAUAAUUUAAUAUGCUUUUUUACUAUUAUUACCUAGUCAGUUUGUUGCUGUAAAGACACGUGAACCACGUGCCACGCUGUGUCACGUUGUCUUUAACAAUCAGAGCAGAGCAGUGCAAUCUAGCAACCAAAGCAAAAAUGCCAAGGAAACGACAGCGAACAAAUAGAGGCCGCGUGUGGUGCACAAAAGCACACAAGCCAGUACACAGCACCAACUCAUUACGAAAUAGAGAUCAAACAGGAUGUGUUUUAAACAA